CACCUGGCUGCAAAGUUUGCUCGCCCGCCGCUGCUCGUCCCGUCCCGUGCGAGCGAGCGGAGCCCGCGGGCGCGACUUCCCGCGCGGCUGCUCCUGCGGCGGCCUCCGCACCUUGCGCCCGGGGAUUACAGCAGGGGCGGCCCCGGGGCCGUCUGUGGCGUGGGCGCUGGCCCGGGGGAGGCAUGGUCUGAGCCGGAGCCCGGGCGCCGCUCUGGGUCCGUUCCGCCGGCUGCCUCCGCCUCUCGCUGUUGCAGCCGUAGCAGGCGGUGCCCGCCAUGGCGCGCCAGGUGUGAGGGAGGCGCUAGAAGAGGGCGGACACUUGUGAGUGGAGGACGAGGUGUGAGUGUCCAUGACCGGUGGAGUGGAGGCCUGAUGUAAAUGCAAACAUGGAUGAAGAGGAAGCGCUUAACUCUAUUAUGAAGGAUCUGGCCGCAUUGGGCAAAUGCGGGGGACUGCUGGACAGCAACAGGAACAAAACCAGCAUUCACUCCAACAAACAGCAACAAACGUAUUCCCCACCUCCCUUCCAGCACAGGCUGUGAGCGGGCGGAGCGCUGAUGAAGAAUCAGUCGCAUACUCCCUGCAUCUGAAAAGGAUAACUCUUGAAUGGCAGCGGAAUGCCAGGAUCAAGUUUGAAUAUGAUGGAGAGAAAAGGAUUCUCCAGUUUCCAAGACCAGUCAAAUUCAAAGAAGUGCUACAGAAAGUCAUGGAUGCUUUUGGACAGAUGAUGGAUUUGCACUAUGCAAACAAUGAGCUCCUGAUCCCACUGAAAUCCCAGGAAGACUUGGACCGAGCGGUGGAGCACUUGGACCUUAGCCCUUCUCUGAAGAGCCUGAGGGUGUUUGUGAAGGCUCCAAGGAAAGCAAAUUUCCUCCAGCCCAACAACAGUAAGCAGCAUGAGAUGAGAAUAUCCAAGUCCAUGGGUGACAUCAUGGGGUCCCUGUAUAAAGACGCUGAGAGAACGCGGAAGUAUUCAACAGGUUCCCUGCACACGGGCCGGAGUUCUCCACCCCCGGGGAGCGUUCCUGAAGAACAGCAGCAGAUUGCUCGGCAGGGCUCCUACACCAGUAUUAACAGUGAAGGGGAGUUCAUCCCUGAGACUAUGGACCAGAAUAUGCUUGAACCUUUCAUCAGCCCUGAUGAAUCACUCUCUGGGAGCUGCCAGUCCCUGGACAGAUCUAUAGACAGCCCGCCCUUUACCCAAACCCCUGUUCCCAGAAGGAAGAGCCAACCCAAAGACAGUCUUGAUUGCCUGGAUUUCGAUAUCCCGUUUUGUGAGCGAUUCGGGAAAGGUGGAACCUUCCCCAGGCAAUAUCACCUUUCCCAGAGCCGCAAGGACUAUAGUGACGGCCGAAGGACUUUCCCAAGAAGUUACGUCCCUCAGGAGAAUCGGUUUCAGCUCGUCCCUUCCAGCAGGACAAAGAGCUUCAAUGGGGACAGCAAGCUCCUCACCUUACAGUACGAGGAACACAGGACCAAAUGGUGGAUUGACUGUGACAAGGGACUGAAGGUUUUCAGCACGUCCCCCAGCAAGUCCAGGAACUCCCUGCAGGCGCCAGUGAACUGGAGGUUGGGGAAGCUCCUUGGCAGAGGGGCCUUCGGAGAGGUUUAUCUCUGCUAUGACGCAGACACUGGCAGGGAGCUGUCGGUGAAGCAGGUGCCCUUUGACCCAGACAGUCAAGAGACAAGCAAGGAGGUAAAUGCCUUAGAAUGUGAGAUCCAGCUGUUGAAGACCCUCCGCCAUGACAGGAUAGUCCAGUAUUACGGUUGCUUGCGGGACCCGGAGGAGAGGAAGUUGUCUAUCUUUGUGGAAUACAUGCCAGGGGGUUCCAUAAAGGACCAAUUAAAAGCAUAUGGUGCGCUGACCGAGAACGUCACCCGGAAGUACACCAGGCAGAUUCUGCAGGGAGUCUUCUACUUACACAGCAACAUGAUUGUCCACCGGGAUAUUAAAGGUGCCAACAUUUUGCGAGAUUCUGCUGGGAAUGUGAAACUAGGCGAUUUUGGAGCCAGCAAACGCAUCCAGACCAUCUGCAUGUCUGGAACUGGAAUUAAAUCUGUCACCGGAACACCGUACUGGAUGAGCCCAGAGGUGAUCAGUGGAGAAGGCUAUGGAAGGAAAGCUGAUGUGUGGAGCGUGGGCUGCACCGUGGUGGAGAUGUUAACAGAAAAGCCACCCUGGGCGGAAUUUGAAGCCAUGGCGGCCAUUUUCAAAAUUGCCACCCAGCCGACCAAGCCCCAGCUCCCAGACGGCGUCUCGGACUCCUGUCGCAACUUCCUCAAGCAGAUCUUUGUGGAGGAGAAGCGGAGGCCCACAGCAGAGGACCUGCUGAGACAUCCAUUCAUGAACUGCAGCCUCUAGUCCCUUGUGGCGGGUUAGGGGAAAUGCAGGUGGAAAAUAAAAGGAUAUGGGGGGGCGGGGUGUUUAAAAAACAGACCCACAGAGCUUUGCGCUCUGAAAUGCAGACCUCAGUCUGGGUUGGGAUCCUUCACUCCUCAUUGUUAGCUAGGGGGCCAGUGUGGGCUUUCCUUUCUAAGCUGCACUUAUGACCAUCUGACUGUGGAGAUAGGUGGCUGUUGCCACGCUUGGGGCUGGAGGGAGUUCGGAAUUGGGUGUCAUCCUUGGAACACGUUGGCAUCGAUGAUCGUGGGAAACUCACCCGCCCCGUUAUCGAUUGGAUGCCUGGUAGUGGAGGAGCUUGGGGUAGUAACUCACUUGCCUCAGAGGAAUGAUGUAAGCGAACUCUGGCGCCCCCUGCUGGCCCUGAAAGCAGCACUGUCAACAUCCCACAAGGAAGCCGUCUCCUCAGCACAAGAGUAGGAUGCUGUGUAGCCGUGGAAGCCAUUUACAGCUUGACAGACACCAAGAGGGAUUCAGGCGUGAAGCAAAGGGAAACAAACCCAGGACCAAAGAACGAUCGGCAUAGGUGUCUCGUUCAUGUCAAAGUGGGAAAGCAAUCCUGUUGUGGGGGUGGAGAUGGGAGGCAAAGUCCAUAGCAACAUCUCCAGCUCUUCAGAGGGGUGGUUUAGAAUUGUUUUGUGCCUUAGGUGGUUACAGUCAAGGAGUGAAAGCCUGAUUCAGCACAAGGUAUCCAGUCAAGGACGUGACUACAAUGCAGCCAUGCUGGGUUGGCGUUCUUGUACCUGUAAAAUAGUGUAAGUGCAAGGCAUUCUUCUUCUCUGGAUACAAUAAGGUCCCUGUAGGUCAUUCACCAGUGAAGCUGGCCACAGGACCUCUGUGUGUUCGUUCGUUAUUCAGCGGAUAAGUGUGUCUAUAUGAUGCUGAUGCCAAUGGCACCCUCAGCUCAGCACACGCUUGUUCUUCAGCACCUGAUCCUGUUCCCACUGAAACAGUGCAGGGUUUGUCACUGAUUUUAGUGUGAACAGAACAGGUGAGGGUGUAAGUAACUGUCUUCUCAUAUCCCUAGCUAUGCCAACCUGUGACCCGUUCCAAUGUGCUGCUAACGAAGGGUCCAGCCUGCAGAGCGCCGAGUGCCUUCAGCUCUGUCCCUUCUAGGAUCAGGCCCUAGAUGACGCUGCAGAGCAUCAAGGGUAGAAAAGCCGUGAGUGAGGUGGAAUUCACCCCAGCGCACAGGACUAGCACGAGGGCUGUGCACCUCUCAAGGCCUCAAAAGGGGUCAUUGUGGGACUUCAUUGAUACAUAGACUCUGUGCAGGUGCUGUAUGCAGGGGCGAAGUUCAUCCUGAGGCCAGGGCUAGACUACAGACCGAUAUUAUUAUAACUACGUCGCACAGGGGUGUGAGAAAUCCAUACCCCUCAGAGAUGUAGUUAUACCAACCUAACCCCCUCAUGUGGACAGUGGUAGGUCAAUGGGAGAGCUUCUCCCACCAGCAUAGCCAUGAGGUGGAUUAACUACCCCAACGGGACAAGCUCUCCUGUCGGCACAGUAGCAUCUGCACUAAAGUGCUGCAGGGGUGCAGCUGCUUUGGGUUUUAUAGAAAUGUAAUGGGGAUCCGUACAAAGGACUCUGAAUGCUCCUAGAGCCCGAUUCUUAUGAGGAACAAAGUCCAGAGAAGUCAAUGAAGUUACACCAGAGUGACACCGGUGGGAGAGCAGAAUCCUGCCCAUAGAAUUGAACAGAGAAUAUCAGGGGGGAGGAAUAGCUCAGUGGUUUGAGCAUUGGCCUGCUAAACCGAGGGUUGUGAGUUCAAUCCUUGAGGGGGCCAUUUGGGAUCUGGGGCAAAAAUUGAGGCUUGGUCCUGCUUUGAGCAGGGGUUGGACUAGAUGACCUCCUGAGGUCCCUUCCAACCCUGAUAUUCUAUGAUUCUGGAGGCUUCUGCAGGAGGAAUUUAGGCCCUGAUUCUGCACCACAGAAAUCAGGGAGAGUUGUGCUGUUUACUUUAAUGGGCAUGGGAUCAAGCCCAUAAUUCUCUGUUAAAUUCUGUCAGAUGGCUCAAAAAACCUUUAUUAUUAUUAUUAUUUAUUUAUUUGUAUUCCCAUAGAGCUCGGGAGCUCCACUCAUGAGUCAGGGUCCCGUUGUGCUAGGUGUUUUUAUCACUCUGUUAUAGUCAGUAGGACUUUCCAUGAAGAAAGAGUUCUAAGGGUUAUUAGGAAAAUGUAAAAAUGUUUUAAAUUAUUUUGAAUCUGACAAUUUCCCCAUUCACUGGCCUGAUUUUAAAAAACAAACUGUCCUCAAUCACUUUUUUAAUUAAUUAAGAACAAAAUCUGAGUCCCAGCCAAUCCAUCUGGAUUUGAUUCUCAGUCUCUGAGGGCCAGUGGGGUAAUGUUGACCAUAGGCGCUGAACGAUGAGCAACAUGAGGCCGUGCAUGGGUAGGGCUGAAAUGUGACCUACUUUUCAAGAUCUGUUGGCAAGGUUCAUGGAACUCCUUCUAGAGGCUGUUUCUAAACAAAUUCCUCCAUGUUCCAAGUCCAUUCCAGGGCCCAGUGCUUUGACUGGCACUUUGCAGCCUGCCCUAAGUGGCAGCACAUGGCUGAGUUGCUCCGGAAGCAGUCACAAGUUGGUCCCGCCUUAAGGUGACCGUAUUUCUCAAAGGGAAAAUGGGACAUUGCAUGGGGCUAGACCCGAGACCUCCCCCCCAACCCCGACCCCUCCCCAAGUGAGGCUAGGGCUGGCGUUGAUGCUCACCCAAGCCCUGCCUCCCCCCGCAGCUGAUCAAGUUGACGAGCAAAUGGGACAAAUGCCCCUUUUUGUCAAAAAAAAAAAAAAAAAAGGCAGGAUGGCUGGGACAGGGCUUAAAAAGGGGUCUGUCCCGGCCAAAACAGGACAUAUGGUCACCCUAUCCCUCUUUGGCCCAUAAGGGAAGUGAGCCGUGCCAGCCCUUUUCCUGGCACAGUUGCCUUCCCCCUCAAUGUUGGCUCAGUAGUGUUUCAGGGAGUGGAGUCAAGUCUCUGCCCACCUGUGUGGGAGGGGGAGGAGCAGCCCCUCAGCAGCUCCUCUGCAGGGACAUAAGGAGGCAUCUGGCACACACAUAUUUACCUGCAUGGGUGCAUGGAUCAGCUCGACUGAGCCCUAUGAGAACAAACCUGGGCGUACAUCCAAGAAGGGGAUGACAGACCCCUUGUUCCACUGCAGGCUGCUGAGAGGCUUAUUAUAAAUAGUGAGGGGGAAGGGAGAGCUUUUAAAACAUUAAGAAGAACUACCCUGACAGUAGCCAAAUUGUGCAGUUUCGCCCUGCUUCUACUGAGAUAGAUCCCUAGGCUUGGAGGGCAGUUUUCUCUCCCGUCCUCCUUAAAUGAUUUUGCAUGGGUGAAACAUCCCACUGUGAUGCCAUAGGGAAACCUGGUCUUGCCUCUUUGUUUGAUUUUUGCAGUCAUGAGGCUGUGUCAUCCUGGGGCUGGCAGGGUUUCAGAUGUAGGAAUGCCAGUGGGCUCGGUCCUACAGGCCUUGUGCAAACAGAAACUGCCAGUAACUUCCCUAGGAGCGAUGUAUGCAAGAGCCUGAUCCUGGAUCUCUUAUGCAGUGCUGCCCUUAGGUUUAGUUCUGCAAGUGGAGAAGCUAUCUAACUCUAAAUGCAGCUAUGUCAUGUAAGGCAACAGCCCCAAGGGGCAAACUCCGCCCCCUGGACAGAGGGAGAGCCCAGAAGCGUUCUCACCACCUCACUCCAUGAAGGGUUUAUGUGGUGCAUGGCCCUGCACAGGAGUGAAUUUCACCAGAGUGCCCUUCCUGAAGCAUGCACAGCGCUGGUCAUUAGGACCUUCCUCUACCUUCCCUUCCGAGGGUGUGGGUGAAAUCACUCCUCAGGUGCCUUUGCCUGCAGUGUUUUGCUGUAUAAAAUAGAAUGAGGGAAAGAAUGUAAUACGAUUCCAUGGAUAUUUUUUUUACGUGUAGGCUAUUGGAAAGUACAUUCAUCUAAUGUAUAGUAGAAGCACUUUGCUUACAUCAAAUCUUGCUGCUGCUUUUUUUUUGUAAUAUUAUCAAUCCUGUAUCCUGUAGAUUUAUUGUAAUUUUUUCCCUUAUCUAGGGAAGAGGCUCAAGUGUGAUAUUGUAUAUCAUCAGACUUCAUAUUGUAGCCUAUAAAUCUCUGUAUAAUUCCUUCACACCAGGCCAAAUAUCAUUAGCCAGCAAAUUGUACAUAAGAGAACAGAGUUUGGGAUCUGGAAAGCUGACUCCUGGAGGGUAAGAUUGAGGCCCUAAUUGGAACCAGAGGCCUUGUAUGAUUCAGCCUGCGGGGACAGCUAUAUUUUUUUUUUAUUCUUGAAAAAAAUAACUUUAUGAGAGACUGUUUAAGCCAAUGAUUACUGGCUUUUGCUAGAAAUAAUGUAUUUGUUAAGGUCUGAGACUUGAAAUGUAUAUGCAUCACUCUGUCCAGUGCUUGGCCGUUCCUGCACUAUGGUAUGUCCUACCUUGCCCUAUAUGUACUGGUCCAGUUAGGGUUAUUGGAUGGGCAGGUCAUGAUCAAACCGGAGCUGGGAGACUAGGCUUUACUGGAAAGCAUCAUGCAGGGUGGAGUUUGGGAACAGGGGAUUGUACUGUCCAUACAAGGACCAGAACUGAGACACUGUAACUUCACCUGCGUUUAAAUGUGUUGGGAGCAAAUCCUGUUCUCCAUUAUGCUGCUGUGAAUCCAGUCAGAUGCUUCGUAACUGCAAACGGCCCAUUUACUCUAGCCUCUUUGUUCCAUAUCUGACUGCUUCAGUGGAUGUAUUUUCCAAACCAGCCCCUCUUCAAGGGCUACAAACUGCCUUUAGAAACAGCCCUGAGCAAAGGCUGGUCCCUAAACUGCAUGCCCCCAGCAGUAGCUCCAGGAGGCAAGGUGACUCAGAGACACGAUGCUGAGUCACAGUUCCUCCCCUGCUUGCUCCCCGCUGGCAGUGAUUUCUGUGGGCCCACACCUACAAUAAAGGACUGCACACAACCCUCUACCCAUGCUGGCGUGGCUUCUCUAGCCAGAGUAAUGGAAGAAGGGGAGUCAAGACUCAGCCCUUUCCCUGCCCACCUGCUCCAGUAAGGGAGUAAGCAGGUGAAUCAGGCCACUCAAUCUUACUGCUGGCAACUCUGAUGAAACAGCGAUGGUUUAUUCAGUGGAAACGACACAGCAUGGAUUUUUAUAAUCCCAGUCAAUGCAACAGAGUUCUUCUUCCUUAUGCAGUGGGCUAGGCCUUGAUUCUGUAAAUAUAAGGACCCCUCCAUAUGGGCCGUCGUUCACUGGUAAAUGCGUGAGUUGCUGCUGCCUGAGCUGAAGUACUAACUCUAUUAGCAGUCAGCUGUAGUAGACGUUCAUCUUCUUUUGUGCACCAGCCGCUAGGGCAGUGGUUCUCAAACUUUGUACUGGUGACCCCUUUCACAUAGUAAGCCUCUGAGUGCGACCCCCUCUAAUAAAUUAAAAACACUUUUAUAUAUAUUUAACACCAUUAUAAAUGCAGGAGGCAAAGCGGGGUUUGGGGUGGAGGCUGACAGCUUGUGACCGCCUCCCCCCCCAUAUAAUAACCUCGCAACCCCCUAAGGGGUCCCAAACCCCAGUCUGAGAACCCCUGCACUAGAGGGAGACAAAGACCCACACUCUCCAAGUGUGGGGUACUCCUGCUACACAGUUCCCAAAUCAGCAAAACAGAAACUACUCGUGCUUUAUGUUAAGUACAUGCUUACAUGCUUCGUUGAAUUGGCUCCAUGAGUAACUUUACACAUGUAAGUAAUCCUAUUAAAUAAGACCACUCAUGCCUAAAGUUACUCACAUAUUUAAGUGUUUGCAGGAUUGGGGCCAGUGUUAGAAAGCAAAUGUUUCAGGAGGCCAAGUGGUGUAAUGAAACACAUUUGCAACUUCCUGCCUUUUCACUAGUCUGAUCAAAGCUGCUAUCACUGGUAUAGCACUCUUGGCCGGAAACAUCGAUACUCACUAUAAUAUCAGUGCAUCAAGUGUCUUAAAAUCAUUUCUACUUCGGAAGAAUUAGCCCAUAUGAAACAGAAGAUAAUACUGCAGGUUUGGAGAGCAGGACACCUUGUCGAAUGUACUUUGUAAAAUGCUGUAAAUGCUUUUUCCCCCCCACGCAUGAAAUUAAAUAUUUUUUAACUUUG